GCGUUGACGUCACCGCGAUGUCGGCGCGCAGGAGAAGCCGCGGGACCCCGCGCAGUGCAAAGACGCUGGAGGAGACGGAGGCGACGUGCGGGGUCCAGGAGGAGGAGGCGGCGGAGGGAGGGCCGGGGGCGAAGGAGAGCGGCGCUGCGGCGCAGUGCGGGAGACUCACGGUGGCGGAGUGGCAGCAACGCGGAGACCACGAGGCGGCGUUGUUGCCGCGGCUCUGUCGAGGGGACUUGGCUCAACUCUCAGUGGCCACCAUGACUCAGCGCCGACUCAGCAUCGGGCGACCUGCGCUGUUGUGCAGCCCACACGCGCAGACGGUGUGUGUGGUGUGGCCGGCAAGCGGUGUGCCCACGGGCCGCAUACGGUUGCAGCCUCGCGCCCUCGCCAGCCUGCGCAUCACCCCUGGACAGGAGGUCUGCGUGCAGCCAAUCACGCGGCCCAUGCUGCCCGCCCAGCUCCUGGAACUCGUGACGAGGCACGGCGAGCACCACGCGAAGCUGCCUGCCGACUUGCCCCACUUCAUCAUGCAGCACUUUGAAGGAAAAGUGCUCCUGCCCCGAAACGCGUUGAGCUUCAACUACUUUGGGCGACCUUACGACCUGCAGGUGGUGGCCGUCCGGGGACAAGGUGGUGGCGCGGAGAAGGAUGUUGCCCCGAACUACCCCAGUUGUUUUGAAGCGGAGCCCAGAGGGAGCAAUUCAAGUGGCCGUAGUCCCCCACUGCAACAGGAAGUCCCAGUUACCGGCGUGCCAGGGCCUGUGAACGCGUCUUCGGAAAGAGAAGAAGGGGUCCCUGCUUCAGAUGAAAAUGCGUUUGAAAGAAACAUAUGCGCACGUCUUAUGGACAUGGCAUUGCAAACGUCGCCGGAAACCUCGUGGUCGCCCGACAGCAAAGCAGACGCUGCUCAUCCUCCGCCGGGCUCCGAUGCGUCGCCGCCACCUCGCCAAGACGCCGCUUUGGACGUCGUGAAAACCGCGCCGUGCUUCUGCGUGAAGUUCCAUGUGGGGGAUCUCUUCUGCAUCUCGAAGGGAACGCGUGUCAAGGUGGAGUUGGGCAAUGCGCCAAGCACAACGGUGCCCCAGCAGCAGCAGCGGCCGGUGACGUAUGCGGACAUCGGAGGCUUGGGCCCGCAGCUGCAGGCAAUAAGAGAAGACAUCGAGCUGCCCCUCCUGCAUCCGGAGGUGUUCACGCAGCUGGGCGUGUGUCCGCCCCGCGGGGUCAUCCUGCAUGGCUCCCCUGGGACCGGCAAGACGAUGAUCGCCCGAGCCGUGGCCCACGAGACGCGCGCUCAUUUCUACCUCAUCAAUGGACCCGAAAUCUUCAAUCGGUUUUAUGGAGAGAGCGAGGCCCGACUGAGGAAGGUGUUUCAGGAGGCUUCCAUGAACCCCCCAGCUCUGGUGUUCAUCGACGAGCUCGACGCGCUGUGCCCCGCGCGCGGCGAUGGUGGCGGAGGAGGGGACGACGUGGGGAGACGCGUCGUGGCCACGUUGCUCACCCUCAUGGAUGGACUCGGCUCGGAGCGCAGCCGCGGGCAGCUGCUCGUACUGGCCGCCACCAACCGCCUCCAUGCCAUCGACCCGGCUCUGCGCCGCCCGGGACGCUUCGACCGUGAGCUGGAGGUGCCGCCGCCCGACGCCACGGGCCGCCGGGCCAUCUUGGAACGGCUCCUGGGGCGGCCGGGGCUGCCGCAUGUGGUGACGGGCCCGGAGGUUGCGGCGCUGGCGCGCGCCACUCACGCCUACACCGGCGCCGACCUGACGGCGCUACUCAAGGAAGGAGGUGGGGGCGCAUGCACCAGCACCGUGCGGAGAGAGAGAGCGAGUGUUGGGGCGCACAUUGCCGAGCGUAGGCUCCCCAAAAGGCUAAAAAAACGUCGAGCGGCCGCCAACAAAAAAAGUGCCGUCAACAAAAAAAGUGUCGUCAAAUUUGUAAAGAGAUAAAGAGGGUGCAAAGCGUUUCUUGAAUUGAGCAACGUUGUGAUAAUCAUAAGGGUUUGGCGGGUGGGGGGAAGAGAUGAUGGGAGGGAAUUCCAAGGUGGAGAAGUGCAAGGGAAGAACGGAAUGAGAACUCGCUGUGACCUGCAGUGUGGUGAGUGGGUGAGUGAUUUGCAGUGUUAUUGUGACCCGCA